AUGACUGUGGGACAGGUUCAUCAACCUGGUGGUCCAGACACCUUCUUUCCUUACUUGGGCAGAGCAGCCUCGUGCCAGAACCCCGCUGCUUUCCUAACAAAGGCUUUCCAGCAGACUCCAGUCCCUUCCAGACCAUGGCAGGGUUCUUUGGGGUUGCUGCCAGGGCAGGGGCCUUCCACAGCUGUUCCAAGCCAAGGGUCUCCCUUUCCCAUCCUCCACAGGUGUUCCACAGAGGUCACAUACACUCUCCAGACCGUGUUCUCACUUCUGCCGCUUCAUGCCAGUGCUGCGUCCCCGGCGUCCACCGACUGUGGCUUUGUGCAGAGUUCACCAGUGCAGCCACCUUCUGCAGCUGAAUGGCUGCCCUCUGGCGGGGCAUCUGAUGAAGACAAGAUGAUGGAGGAAUUAAGUCUUGAAGCCAUGCUUCAGAUUCUGGAUAAGAUGCUUUUACCACCCAGCGCUGAAGAAGUGACACUGGAACCUGUGGAGAGCGAGAUGUCAACCCCUCAGUCUAUCGGAACUGCAGACACAUCAUUUCUGAUGGAAGCAGCUCAAGCAUUAACUUCUGCAGAAGGCUGUGAUGGAAAACUUCUUUUUGUUCCCUAUGACACUGCAUCUGUAGAACGUGUUGCUGCUGCUGAAAUGGCACCAGAACCUGUGGCCACACAGGAAGCCCCUGAAGAAUGGAGAGAACAACUGGGUCACUGCCCAGCUCAGCCGCCUGAAAUGUUUGUUCUGGAAGGACUGUUCAGUGCAGAGCAG